CGACUGACGUGACGGGUCCGUCGUCGCGCUCGCACCGUGAGGGGCGGUCGCUCGAUUGACAACACGAACAACGCACACGCGAAAAACAAUAUGUCCACGACGUACCGCCCGCGCCGUCUGUUUACCAACGGCGACCGCCUGUUUACGCGAUGACGCGACGUACGGCUCGAGCGCGCAAAUGAUAGCCCAUAAAAUGAGAAUAGGCAAGUUGUGGCGCGAUGGUCGUGUCCUUUAACCGGUAUCUACCGGUGAUCCUACCCGACAUCGAGGAGUGCGAGCCGAACGGUGCCGCAGUCGCUACCGAGAUCGCGCCGUCCGACAAUAAGCAGCGCGCUUCCUACACCAUUGAUGAAACCGUCGCGAGAAAUUGUUCCAACGCCGUCGGCGACAACGGCUCGACGGCAGCCUCGAACGUGGCGACGUCGUCAUCGGCUGUCACGGUGCCGUUAUGCGUUUUGGGUGAGGUGCAGCUGCGCUUCCUUUGCCCCGACGACCUGGAGGAGGUGCGCUCGCUCUGUCAAGACUGGUUUCCGAUAGAUUAUCCGUAUUCAUGGUACGAGGACAUCACGAGCUCGUCGAGGUUCUAUGCGCUUGCAGCGGUAUACGGUGGUGUAAUAAUAGGGCUGAUUGUCGCAGAGAUAAAGCCAUACGCUAUGUUAAACAAGGAGGAUCGUGGUAUCCUGUGCUCCAGUCUGGGAAAAAAUUGUCUAGUGGGUUACAUACUUAGCUUAGGGGUACGUCGCGCGUACAGGAGAAACGGGAUAGCCUCGCUGCUGCUGGAACAGUUAUUGGCCCAUGUCACCGCUCCUGAACGUUCCUCCGUAAAGGCAGUCUUCCUACAUGUGCUGUCCAGCAACGCUCCUGCUAUAUUAUUUUAUCAGAGGUGUCACUUCCGAUUGCAUAGCUUUCUUCCAUAUUACUACUCAAUCCGAGGGAAGUGUAAAGACGGGUUUACGUACGUUCUGUACGUCAACGGCGGACACGCACCGUGGGGUAUGUGGGACUGGAUGCGUCAUGUGAUCGGUGUGAUGACCAAUCUCAUACCGUGUCGAGUGCCACGCUGGAUCUGGCAACGUCUUCUGUGGACAACCACUAUUCUCUCCUAUCACAGAUGAUACAUUUUGUGAUUUAUUAUGUUCCAGUAUAUAUUCAUUUCUUCCUUGGAUCCCGAUGAGACUAUAAUCAUGUAAAGUGCCAUAAGUCAGUUAAUUUUAUAAUAGAUUUGCAUAGUUAGCCAUCACGUUCUGAUAUUCUGAUUUCUGAAGUACACAAUUGUGCUGAUGCAGAGACAAAAAAAUGAACAUUGAUUCAUUUCAAAAGUGAAUCAUUUAAUGUUCGGUUUUUUCAUAGUCAAUUGUAUAAUGCAAAUUUGCAUUUGUCUAAACUGUGGGAAGUGAGGCCUCAAGAGUAUUUUAGUGCAGCUUUUGUUACCACGAAUUGCUAGUUGUUGAAAACAUACCAUUAUUAUAAUAAUAUUGUAAUAGUUGAAAUAUCUAACUGCCAAAACUGCCUUGAUUAAGUUGAAAUAAUUUGCGCGUUAAUAUUUAACAUAACUUCCAUAAUGUUUAAAGAGACAUUUACACACACACACACACAUAGAUUUAAAUCUAUUUAUUCAUUUGAAUUGAAUCAUCAAACUUUGAUUGUUUUCCAAUAAAUGAUAAAAUAUAAGAUCAUAGAGAAUGAUUUUCAUUGUUGACGUUUGUAGAUAGUUUUAUAUUGCAUAAAAAAUUAAUGUAUACGUGAAAUGGAACCAGCAAUAUUCUGUAAGAAUAUUGAAAUCAUAUUUUCUAUUUCUCAAAAGUAAAAAUUAUUAGAUUAACUUUAAACAUAAAACUUGAAUUAUAGAAAGCUUUGGUUUUUUUAACAGAUAAAUUACACUUUAGAUCAAUUAGAAAUAUUAAUAUAAUUAAUAUUUCUUAUAACAAGUUAUCAUUAUUAUCCUAUAUUAUAAUAUGAAACAAUUAAUGUUAUAUAACUUUUGAGGGAGAAAAAUGAUAUUAGUGUUCUUCCAAAGCAUGUAUACAUAUAUGUAUAUCUAAAGAAAUUUAUUACAGGAAAUCAUUUAUUUUUAUCUCUACAAAAAUUGUUUAAGAUAAAAAUCUUAUUUCCCUUUUUACACAUGUUAACGACUUUAACUUUAGCUAUACAAAUAUUGAAGAAAUAAAUUUAAAAGCUAUGUGCAAAAAGUGAGAUCUGAAUGUGCAUGCACAAAUGACAUUUAUAUAUAAUGUAAAUAUAUAAAUAUAAAUUACAUUAAAAUAUAGUUGUAUAUAAUAGUGUAUUGAAAUUGUUUGUAAUAAAUUAACAUGUUA